AUGGCAUCAAUUAAUUCCAGACUUCCAUCUGCAUCAGCAGACGUUCCUGAAGUUGGAAUUUUCAGAAAAAGUCCAGCAGAAACUAUGAGAGAUUUUGCCAGAAGUCAACAAGUGGACGAGACUCAAGAUUAUAACACAAGCUCUUCUUCAGAUCUACAAAAGCAAAAUGUCAAUCAAACAGGGGAAAAAACAAACAAAAAUGCAUCAGUGGGCUUAAACACUAAUGGAUCGUUACCGUUAAUGCUUAAUGCUGCAGAACCGGAAAUGUCUGACAUUCUGCCAAAAAUGAUUCCAAAACGUACUGAUGAAGAGCCUGGGAAACAAUUACAACUAAAGAACCAACAUUUAGAUCUGUCACAGUAUCUGAUAACAGACAGACCUCUUCUGGAAUUUGCUAAAUAUUUCAUAAACAGAUUUGACGACCAGGAUGAUUCGAAUGGCAGCAAUUGUAACUCGGGAGAAAAAAGACCGACAGUAAAUGUGGAUCAUGCCGUUAUAGAGGAUGGAAACGAGAAAGAAAAGAAGACUUCAAAGCUAAAAAGAUUGCGAAGUAAUUUGAAAGAAUUUAAGAAACGAAUUGUGCGACCAUUUACCAUAUUUACAGCCUGUUUUAGCUCAAAAGCAGAACAGUAA